AUGAAGCACCAAAUCUAUCUCUUCUUCUCUUUCUUCUCCAUCUUUUGUGCUUUGAGCCUAUGCCAUGGAUCUGCGGUGGCCCAAAUCAAUGGUCCUGGAAAUGCCACAGUGCCGGUCCAUGUCGGGGUAGUUCUUGAUUUGGAAUCAUGGGUUGGAAAGAUGAGUAUGAGUUGCAUUUUCAUGGCGGUCUCCGAUUUCUACGCCACCCAUAGUUAUUACACCACAAGGCUUGUUCUCCAUACGAGAGACUCGAAGAAUGACACCGUUGCAGCUGCGUCUGCAGCACUUGACUUGCUAAAUAAUGUAGGAGUGCAAGCAAUCAUCGGACCGCAGAAGUCCACCCAAGCCCAUUUCAUGGUGGAUCUUGGAAGUAAAGCUCAUGUGCCCAUCCUUUCAUUCUCCGCUGUCAGCUCUUCUCUCUCUCCCAUCAGAACUCCAUAUUUCAUCCGGACAGCACAGAAUGACUCCUCACAAGUGAAAGCGAUUGCAGCCAUCAUUCGAUCCUUCAGAUGGAGGUCGGUCAUCCUUAUUUACGAAGACACUGAUUAUGGAAAUGGACUUGUUCCAUAUCUUGUCGAUGCCUUUGAAGAGACCGACACACGGAUCUCUUAUAGGAGUGUGAUUCCUCUUUCAGCUCCCAACAAUCAAAUCACUGGAGAGCUUUACAAGUUGAUGACAAUGCAAACGAGAGUAUUCAUCGUCCACAUGUCAUAUUCACUUGCCUCCCGCUUCUUUUUGAAGGUGAAUGAGUUUGGAAUGAUGGGCGAAGGUUACAUAUGGAUUAUAACGGAUGGUUUAACAAAUCUUCUUGAUUCCUUGGAUUCUUCAGUCAUUGAUUCAAUGCAAGGUGUUUUGGGUGUAAAACAGUAUGUUGAUAAAACAAAAGAGAUGGGUGAUUUCAUGGUUAGAUGGAGAAAGAAUUUCAUCCAGAUGAAUCCCAAUUUUGAUAGAGCAGCGCUUAGUAUUUUAGGCAUUCGAGCAUAUGAUACAGUGUGGGCACUUGCAAUUGCCGCAGAGAGAGUUGGGGCGGAGAAAUCCUACUUCCAAAAGCCAGAAAUUGGAAAAAAUUCAACGGAACUGGUGGGAGUCUCUCAAACGGGUCCGAAACUUCUCUGCGCCAUCAAAAAGAUGAAAUUCAAAGGAUUGGGCUGUGAAUUCCAUUUAGUGGAUGGCGAGUUACCAUCCUCGGCCUUCCAGAUAGUCAAUGUUAUUGGAAAAGGGGAGAGGAAGGUUGGAUUUUGGACUCCAGACCAUGGGAUUUCACGGGUCUUGAACAUGAAUCUUGAGAAGAUUUAUUCAACCAACAUGGCGGAUUUUGGUCCGAUCAUCUGGCCAGGAGAUACGUUCAUGACACCAAAGGGAUGGGUGAUACCAACGAGUGGGAAAAAGCUAAGAAUUGGCGUUCCUAUAAAACUAAGGUUCACCGAAUUCUUGAAGGUGAAGAAGGAUUCUAUCACAAAUGCAACCACUGUUACUGGAUACUGCAUCGAUGUAUUCAAAUCAGUAAUGGAGGCACUUCCAUAUGCUGUCCCUUACGAGUUCAUUCCCUACCAAAAAGCUGAUGGACGGAGGGCUGGCAGCUAUGCCGAUCUUAUUUACCAAGUAUAUCUACAGAAAUUCGAUGCAAUGGUAGCGGAUACGACAAUCACAGCCAACCGAUCUUUAUACGUAGAUUUUACAUUACCGUACACCGAAUCAGGCGUGGCAAUGGUAGUUCCAAUAAAAGAUGAUGAGAGUAAGAAAGCGUGGAUUUUCUUGAAGCCUUUGACGGUGGAUCUUUGGCUGACUAGCGGGGUUUUCUUUAUCUUUACUGGCUUUGUGGUGUGGAUCCUUGAACAUCGGUUAAAUGAUGAAUUUAGGGGCCCACCUUCCCAGCAACUUGGCAUGAUCUUCUGGUUCUCCUUCUCUACGCUCGUCUUUGCACACAGCUCAAAGCUGGUCAAUAACUUGUCUAGAUUUGUGGUGAUCAUAUGGGUGUUUGUGGUGCUGAUACUUACAUCUAGUUACACGGCCAGCUUAACUUCAAUGCUGACGGUUCAACAGCUUCAGCCAACCGUCACUGACAUCACUGACCUAAAAAAGAACGGGGACUACGUGGGCCAUCAAAAGGGGCCAUUCAUGACACAGUUCAUGAAGCACUUUGAUUUUGACGAAUCUAAGCUCAAGCCCUACACGACUCCUGAAGAAUAUGCCGAGGCGUUGUCGAAAGAUGGCAGUAAUGGUGGCGUUUCUGCUGUUUUUGACGAGAUCCCUUACCUGAAACUCUUCCUUGCAAAGUACUGCGAUAAGUACACCAUGGUCGGCCCAACCUACAAAACAGGAGGAUUUGGCUUUGUCUUCUCCAAAGGUUCCCCGCUGGUCACAGAUGUUUCCAGGGCAAUCUUGAAUGUAACAGAAGGCGAUACAAUGGCAGCAAUCGAGCGAAAAUGGUUCGGCCAUCAGACCACUUGUCCAGAUCAAUCGACCACCAUCGCUUCAAAUAGUCUUACGCUUGCUAGCUUCCGUGGCCUUUUCCUCAUUGCCGGCAUUGCUUCCACAUCUGCUCUCGUAAUCUUCUUGGUUUCCUUCCUUCUUGAGCAUAAGCAUGUCUUGAUUGCCGAUGAUUCCAACAGCUCCAUUUGGAAAGUACUCAUUGCCUUGGCACGGUGGUUUGAUCAGAAAGAACUCUCCGCGCGUACCCUUAGGAGGACGGACCAUAAUAAUGGACUUGUGGUGAGCACUACUCCUGUUCAGGCAUCGCCCGCUUCGCAGUGGCCAUUGAGCAAUUCCAACUGUACAAGUGGAAGAUUUGAUCCACAAGAAGAUGAAGAGAUAUCCUCUAUAGUUUUUGCCUUUCCAAAUCCUAGUGCUUCGUCCUCGGCAGAGAUGGCUGAUGCAAAUGUCUAUCCUCAGCAAUCCUCGGCAGAGAUGACCAAUGUAAAUGUCUAUCCUAGGCAAUCCACUGAUUAGCAUCUAACUAAAUUUUUAAUUUUGAUUUGUAAAAUUAAUAUAUUUAAGGAAAAAUUAGGGUCAAAAUCACGGCUACGAAC